AUGACAGAAAAUAAAGCGAAUAUUAUCACAAUCUUAGAUCCAGCAUAUUCCGAAUGUUAUGAAAUUAUUAUGAAACCUUUAAAAGAUGAUAUAAUAACCUUAUAUUCAUGUAUCCUUGUAAAUAGAUCCUUUUGUAGAGUUUUUAUUCCUGUUCUUUGGAGGAAUCCUUUUAAAUUUAUUAAAGAUGAUAAUAAAUUAAUUAAAUUAAUUAAUACACUAAUUCACUGUCUUAAUCAAACCAUUAAAAAUGAUUUAAUAAAUAAAGACUCAAUUAAAUUGGAAGGACUUCCUACAUAUUUUAAAUAUCAUACUUUAAUUAAAGAAUUUGAUUUAAAUCCUUUACAAAGAGGAAUAAGACUUUGGACUUCAAGUCAUUUAACUCAAAAGUUAACUAGAAGAAGUAUUAGUAGAAGAGUAUUUAAAAUUAAUAAAUAUAUUGGUAAUUUACUUUUUGAUAAAGAAAAUCAAUAUGAUUCACUUAAUAUUUAUCAUAAUGAAUUAUUAAAUGGAUUAAGAACUUUAUUUGAUAUUUGUAAAUUUGAUAAUUAUGAAAAAAGUUUGGUACAAGUAAAUAAAUUAUCUGUAGGAUUUUUUCAUGGAAAUACUACAAAUUUAAUUUUACCAAUUACAGAAAAUUUUUUAAAACUUCAAAAUAAAUUAUCACCAAAUAUUCAACAUUUACAAAUUUCUAUUGAUACUAUUAAAGAACAUGAGGAAUUUUCUAGAAAUUUAAUUCAUUUUAUUAAAUCACAAAAAAAAUUAAAAUCUUUAAUAACAAAUACUUUUUGGAUAAAAGAUGAUUUUAUUCAACCUUUUCUUAAUUCUUUAAAAAAUCAAUCAACUUGUUUAACUUUUUUAAAAUUACAAGAUCAAAAACUUUCCAAUGAAUUAUUAUUAUCUAUACUUAAAUCUUUACCUAAUUUAAUUACUCUUUACCUUGAUAUUAAUUAUUUAGAAUAUCAUGUAAAUGAAGGAAAUUCUUUUUAUUCAAUAAUAAGUCAAAUAUAUUUUAAUAAUUUAGAAAAUUUAUAUUAUGAUUUAAAAUCAAAAAUUUUUUGGAAUACUUGGAAUGUUUGGAGUUCAAUCCCAGAUCCAGAUCCAAGUAAUUUACUUUUUAAUCAAAUCCUUUUAUCAUCAAGCAAAUUAUUUUCUAUCAAGGUAAAGAUAAAUAAUGGUUUUAUUAAAUAUCUUCAAUCAUAUCAACAUCAACAUUUAACUCAUUUACAUAUAAUUUUGGAUUCUGAUUCGUUGGAAAAUUUAAUUAAAUUAUUAAAAAAUUUACGUCAUUUGAUUUAUUUGAAAUUAGAUGAUUAUUAUGAACGUAGUAAAGAUCGUUUAUUACGUUAUAAUUAUUAUACAUUUUUACAAUUUGCUCAAACAAUUCCAAAUUCUUUAAGAAUUUUUGAGAUUAAUUUUGAGAUUACGAAUGGUUAUUUAGAAACUUUAUUUAAUGAAACUCAACUUAAUAUUCAAUGUAUUAAAUUAUAUCAUUAUAUACAUUGUAAUACUUCUUUAAGAGUUUUUAUUGAUUACGCAAAAAGUAAAAAAUGUUUCAAAGAACUUGGUAUUACUUAUAAUAUUAUGAAAUCAAUUUCUAAAGAUUAUAUAAUUGAAGCAAAAAAUUAUUUUAACGUAACACCCUUCAAUAAUGAUGAAAUCAAUAUUCCAUUUUAUGAUGAUCCAAUAAAAAAUUCAUACUGGAGCAGAAGAGUUAGUGAAGGUCGCGUCUAA